UGCUUUGUCGACUUCUUUGAGCUUGGAAGUCGUCUGAUUCGUUGCUCACAGCUGUCGAUCUUCUGCUACAGAGGUCCAAGGCGAUCGAGGCCGCGGUCCACAGCGAGCCCGGCAUAAGCACGCAGGCCUACACCACCAAGAUGCGCUCUCUCUUCGUGAAUCUCAAGGACAAGAACAACCCCAGUCUGCGCGAAGCCGUAGCCAGCGGCGAUAUCCCUGUCGCCAAGUUCGUCAAGAUGUCCAGCCAGGAGAUGGCAUCCGAGGAGCGAAGGAAGGCGGAUCAGCAAAUUGAGCAGCAAAAUCUGUUUGACGCGCUCGGUGCUGUCGAGCAGGAGGCCGAGACCAGUGCGUUCCAGUGCUCCAAGUGCAAGCAGAGGAAGUGCCGCUACCGCCAGGCCCAGACCCGCUCUGCCGACGAGCCUAUGACUACUUUCGUCACAUGUGUGAACUGCAACAACAGGUGGAAGUUCUCCUGAAUCAUAACGAUGCGCUUGGACCCUCUUCUUUUUCGAUGUAUUUUUGCACGCUCGUGCCGAUAUCUGUUUGCGCUCCUUGUUAUCUAUUCCAGUACCUGUAUUUUUUUUGUCGAUACACCCGCGCGCUUUGUUCCGUAUCGCCUUGACUUGGCUUCAGAUCAGGACUCGUGGGCUGCUUGUUUACGCGUGUUGAUCGUUCCAAACCUCUCCUCUGAACGCGUCUUACGACGCGCACCUUCCGGCUUUCUCUCUCAUACGGGGAUACCUUUCCAUCUAUACUGAAACAUGAGCACGGCCGCCCUCCCCUCUCUUGACGCUUUGCAUCGGCAAAGUGCGAAAAGGACACGAUCCAUAUUCGAAUCAUGUCCGGACGAAGGUUUGAAGGAUGAGGAAAAGAGGCAUGGCUACGCCGCGGACCGCAUUGCUCCUCCCUAACGUCCUGCAGCGCCCGGAUACGGCUGUCGACGAAAAUCUACGACGAAUAUCGCGAUUUCAAAGAACUGCCUCCAGCGCUCUUGUCCCAGCAGGCGGGCGUAGGACCCGCACGGCCGAAGGAGUUGAGGAAAAUGAUAACAGCGGGGCCCUCCGCACCCGCCGAUGCCGCGACGGCCCUAAUGAUCUCCUCCAUCGACCGCACCCCCACCACAACACCGUCCACCUUCACAUCCUCGAGCAAGCUUUCCCAGGCGCUCUCCCUGCACAAGACGACGCGGACAAUCAAGCCGACGUAUCAUCCGCCGUGGAAGCUUGUGCGUGUCAUUUCGGGCCAUCUGGGAUGGGUGCGCAGUGUCGCAGUGGAGCCGGGGAAUCAAUGGUUCGCGACGGGUGCUGGGGACCGGGUUAUCAAGAUAUGGGACUUGGCGUCGGGGGAGCUGAAGCUGUCGCUGACGGGCCACAUCUCGACUGUGCGCGGGCUGGCUGUGUCACCUCGUCACCCUUACCUGUUUUCGUGUGGUGAAGACAAGAUGGUGCGCUGUUGGGAUCUGGAAGCUAAUAAGAUCAUCCGGCAUUACCACGGUCAUCUCUCUGGUGUAUAUACCCUUGCGCUGCACCCCACACUUGACGUGCUGGUCACCGCCGGUCGCGAUGCUUCCGCUCGUGUAUGGGACAUGAGGACCAAGGCGCAGAUACACGUCUUGUCGGGCCACACAGGCACUGUCGCCGAUGUAAAAUGCCAGGACUCCGAGCCCCAGGUUAUCACAGGUAGCAUGGACUCCACUGUCCGGUGCGUUUUCGCCUCCGCUGUGCUGGGUUGUCCAUCUUGGCUGAGAUCUCGGUCAUGUAGGCUGUGGGACUUGGCUGCCGGC